AUGGAUCAUUUAUUAGCAAAUGGUGUAGUAAUUGACACAGAGAAAGAAUGCUAUAUGAGAAUGUUAUUUAAUUGGGACAUAGAGCAUCUUUGUGUUGUUUUUUCAUGGUGGCGUAUAAACUCAAUACUAGGUCUUGUUGUAUCAUGUGGGAUUGUUAUUUUAAUUGGUAUGUUUUAUGAAUAUAUAAGAUAUUUAUCAAAAAAUUAUGACAAGAAAUUGUAUCAAGGAAGAUAUCGUUCAGUAGUAGCUGAGGAUGAUAAUUUAGUUGCGUUAAAUGAAGAGGAGGAACCUAGAAACAAAGCUCCUAUAAAUUCAAACAACACUUCAACGCCUUGGACACAAGUACUUGAACAAAGUCAUAAAAAGAAUUACAGAACUAUUGUUUAUGUAAAUAUGACAAACAUUCGUCGUAAUGGAGAACCAUCUUCUCAUAAUAUUAGAUUUCAAGAUUUUCUUAAAGAUGAUCCACGCUAUCUAAUAUUUCUUAUGGCCUUCAAUGAUAAUAGUUUGCACGGUGAUGUGAAAUCAAACCCAAAAGCUAUAUUAUCAUGGCACAUGUCUACUACCAAACAAAUUUAUACAUUAAUUGUAUCAGCUCCGAUCAAAAUAACAAGAUUUCCACCACCAAAAAUCUUGUCAGAUGAAUUAUCAAAUGUUCCAUCCCAAGAAUACUGGGAAUCCAUCAGACGUCAUUACUGGUCAUCACUCUCAUCACAAACAAGAGUAGUUUUUACUUGGCCACCUUCAGGCGAAAUACCAAAAGCAAACAAGGAAGCAUUCCAGUGUGACAAACUGGAAUCAAUGUUAACAGCUGAUAAUAAAAAGACAGCUUCAGAUGAUCCAAUGAAAAUUAAGCAUGAUUUCGCAUUUGACAAUUUUUGUUUAUUGGUUUUUAAAGUAAAUGAGGUGGUCAAAUUUGAUUAUGGAGGUUUUCCUAUGACUAGAGUUGUUUACAGUUUUGAUGAAGAUAGCAAUACUUGGGCGGCAAAAGAAGCAAAUCCUUAA